AUGGGUACUGGGGUGGGGGUGAAGGGAUGUUGGUUAAUGGGGGGUUGUAGUGUUGUGGGUUUUGGAUGGGGUUGGGGGAUGGGGGUUGUGGGGGGGGGUGGGAGGGGGGCAUGGGUUUUCGUUUGCCUAGUGUAUGGUGAAUGGGGGGUGAUAGUGAAGGUGGUGGGGGAUUGGGUGGGGGGGAUUGGGAGUGAGGUGAUGAAGGUUGAGCUCACUGAGGAGGAGGAGGAGGACAAUGCUCUGAAGUGA